AGAACCUCUUUCUCGUCUAGAGGGUUAACUCUUGGAGAUUACAGUAGUAAGGUGAGGAGGAAGAGAGCUCUUAUCUAUCUUUGAAGUUGCAGACAUGGCGGGUACUUCUCUUCCUUCAUCUCUCCUCAGUCAAGGACCCUCUUUACUAUUCUCUUCUUCGAAUCAUGUCUCAGAAUCUAAAUCUCGGAUUCUGAUUACAUCUGGGAAACGCUCUAUUGUUCGUUGUUUGGCUAAGAAGAAAAUCAGCUUCGUUGAUCAGAUCCUCGAUUACAUCGAAGGCGGUCCGAAGCUAAGGAAAUGGUAUGGAGCACCUAAACUUGAGCCAAAGGAUGGAACUUCAAGUGGAGAUGACGAUGAAUUUGAAGAGGAAGAAGAAGAUGAUCGUGAUGGAGAUAAAGACACUGUUUUUGUAACCGAUGGAGACAGUGAUUUGGGUCAGAUGAUUAUACUGCAACUGAUUGUGAAAGGGACUCGGGUUAAAGCACUUGUGAAGGACAAAAGAAAGGCUUUAGAAGCUUUUGGAGCUUAUGUUGAGCUGACGUCUGGAGAUGCGAGCGAUGACCGUUUCUUAAGGAAAGCUUUUAAAGGCGUUGGUGCAAUCAUAUCCCCAACCGAAGGCUUCUUAUCGAAUGUCAAGAGUUUAAGAGGUGUGAAACACGCAGUUCUCUUGUCUCAGUUGUCUGUUUAUGAAAGCAGCGGCGGGAUUAAAGCUAUGAUGAAUAACAAAGCGAAAAAACUGGCCGAGGGAGAUGAAAACGCUGUUAUAUCUUCGAAUGUACCUUAUACAAUCAUCAGAACAGGCAAGCUAAAGGACAGUCCUGGAGGGAAUCAAGGCUUCAACUUUAGCGUGGGUGCUGCAGCCAAAGGAAGUAUAAGCAAGGAAGACGCUGCUCGUAUAUGUGUCGAAGCUCUAAGCGUGGUUCCACCAACAGGGUUGAUAUUUGAGGUUUCAAAUGGAGAGGAGGCUGUCUCUGACUGGGAAGGACAGUUGAUGAAGCUGAUGCAGAGACAGAGUGAAAAGAAGUAAAGCUUUAGAUUUGAGAUGAACAGAACAAUCACAUAGAUCAUCAUCGUCUACAUCUAGAACAUGUUUCUGUUGAUGAAGAGAAAGAAAUUCCAACAUAUUUGAUAUGAGUCUCAAUGUAUUUUUUUUUUCUCUUUUCGUACUAAUCAAAUUAUUUGUUUCUCUUUUCUGUAAGAGUAUGGUACCAUGGGACCCUACUAUAUACAUCCCUUCACUUUGGUAAUUUUUUAAAGAUAUCCACAAGUAAGUUGAUUGGAAAA